GUAUUGCGAUACGUUAUGAUCUUAAUUUCGACAAUUUUUAGUCGUUCGAAUCAGCAAGAAUUGGAUAGACUAUUUAAGCGAAUUGAAUUGGAAAUAAGAGGACAUGAUAAAGCCGUAUUAAAUUCUUAUACGAAAUACUUGCAGAUGACAUGUAAGCAUCUCGAAAUAGAAAUGGGCAAAGUUAUUGUAUUACCUUAUGUUCGUUGGUUUCAAAAUUAUUUAAAAUCGAAAUUCGCGAAGAAGAAAAAUCAACUACAUUAUGAAACACGAACACAUAUAAGAAAAGUUGAUAUUAAACAUGUCACAGGAAGUACUGCAAGCACAUUUCUCGAAUAUAUCGAACGUAAUAUACCCGAAGGUGUAGCAAUGAAAGUAACGUAUUAUGAAAUAGCUCCUUUUCCAGAAACUGUGAGAAAUACAAUGGCUGAAUUAAAUGAAUCAACGAAAUAG